GAACAAAAUUCUUUCAUGCAGGGUAAAGAUCAUUGGUUCUUGGGUUUUAGUUAUUUUACACUUGAGUGCAUUAAUUCUUUUUCUUUCUCUCUCCUCUUUCUCUUUCUCUCUCUGUUAGUGCUUUGCUUGAAAUGUACCAGCAGCACUCCUAUCAAAUGGGGUUCUUGUGCCUCUAUCCAAUACCUGCUUCUUCUUCUUCUUUCUGCUGAUUGUGAAUUUGAAUUGGUGUGAAGGGGCUAGUAACACAUCUGUUUCUUGGUGAUUUUGAGGCUUGGAAAAUGGCACCACAAACUGGCUAUUUGAAAGAACAUGAAGGAAUUGUUCCUAAUUCACUUGGCCAGUUAUCAUCUUCUCCUGCUCGUUUAUGGAGUGCCUUUGGGCAAGGUUCUCAAUCAAUCUUUGGGGAUUUUGGUCACGUGAAGGCUUCAUCCAUUGAACAACUUGGCAGUAAUGGGAAGGAGUUCAAUGGAAGCAAACAAGUUGCUCAUGGCCCGGAGAAAUUGAACACAGCUCCAUUUUCCAUUUAUCCUGGUGACUGUAAGAUUUCGAUGGAUGCGCAAAAACCUUCACCAAUGUUUUCCCUGCAAUCACCCUUGUCAGAAUAUCACAAUCGUUUUGAGCUUGGAUUUGGCCAGCCCAUGAUAUGUGCAAAUUAUCCUUACAUGGAACAGCAUUACGGGAUCCUCUCUGCUUUUGGACCUCAAAUACCAGGCCGGAUUAUGCUGCCAAUGAGCUUAACAUCAGAUGAUGGACCUAUUUAUGUGAAUGCAAAGCAGUAUCAUGGAAUCAUUAGGCGCAGGCAGAUACGUGCCAAGGCAAUGAUGGAGAAUAAACUUGCAAGAACUCGUAAGCCAUAUAUGCACGAAUCGCGUCAUCUUCAUGCAAUGCGCCGUCCACGUGGAUCUGGUGGCCGUUUCUUGAACACAAAGAAUCUGAAAAAUGGGAAACCCUCAAUGGAACUAAAGAAAAUUGAUGAUGUGAACCUUUCUGAUUCAACUGGUUCCCAAUGUUCUGUGGUUCUGCAAUCAGAAAGUGGAACUUUGAACUCCCCAAAUGAAGCAAAGGGGAGGGGCUUUAGUCUCUCGAGUUCUGAGGUAUCGAGCAUAUUCCCGAGGGGACUACAACGUUUUCAAAUCAACCAUCUUGGACCAUCAAUGCCAUCACUGGCAGAGAUCAUUGAUGGAGGAGGGCAUGGCAUGGUUCUGCCCAAAUGGGUUGCAGCAGCUGACAACUGCUGUAACCUUUGUGUUUGAUGGCGAAGGCAAUGGGUUCUUGGUGCAAGUCAUUGCACCAAAACCCUGUCUUUGUUGCGACCAAAUCCAGCUUGCUUCAAUGUCGUUGACGAUAAUUGUUUCAGGCUUCGCGAUGAGGAUAGUCCCCGCGUUUGGUUGCAAUGGCAAGUCAUUUUUGGCUCUUAACUAAUGUAGGUGUAGGAUGUCUCUUAUCUCUUUGUUUUGCUUCUCAGUAUGAGAGGUGACUGGGAGAAACAAAAGAAUCAUCCAAUCAAAUAUCAAGUAAUUGCAGUGCAGUUGAAAAAAGGGUCUGUUCAAGAAUAAGAGCAUCAAGAGAAUGAAUUCUGCACUGUGUUUAUGACCCUGAAAGUAGAACAAGAAGAAUGUUCACUAAGUCCAGUGUUUGGUUAUUCAAAUUCAGACAUUCUGAAGCAAUUUGUACUGAACAAAGAUGCUUGGCUUGUGGGUUUGUUUAAGGACAACUGUCAUGUUUGUCUUUCAGUUUGUGUGUAAUGAAGAAGAUUUGUCUUUGUAAUGAAGAAGGUUUGUCCUUGUAAUGAAGAAUAUUGUCUGUGUGUAAUAAAGAAUGUUGUCCUUGUAAUAUCAUCCAUUGCUGUUUCCUUUUUA